ACAUGGAGAGGGGGUGGAGGUAGAUUGGCAGAGUGACUUUCAGACUUCAGCGGUCACCCAGGAGCCAAGAGUGUGUAACCAGUUUCCCGAUGAACACAAGAACACAUCUGGCCACUCACAAUCUGCCUUUGACCUAUUUCAGGUCCAAGUCUCUCAUUAUAACUAGGGAAAAAAGUCUAAUUCAGAGGACAAACACGUUCUUCUUGAAUGCUGUUUUAUUAGGGGCAGAGGAAAAAAGAUGAAAUACACAGGAAAGUUUGAGAGCAGAAAGGAAGUGGAGAGGAAGCAAAUGUGGAGACCAUGUGAAGAGAAAUAAGGAGAAGGAAACUGAAAGGCAAGAGGGGACAGAAACCCUAAAAUAUAAAGUCAAAGGGGAUAAGGAGAGGGAGAUUGAUCAUCUACUGCUGAGAAAAAAAACUCUGUUUAGAAAUUCUGGACCACCAAGUUCCACAUGGCACGGAGGAGGGAAAGGAUACAGCAGAUGCAGCUGGCGUGACACUUCUGGACCAGAUGUUCAGCCUAAUGACAGCCUGGGCCCAGGUGUUGAUGGCCUCUGGCCUGGUUUAUUUCAUCCAGCUUCCUGGGGCCAGAGGCGAGGAGAACUGUGUCAACACUGACCAUUGCCUGACUACCGACUGGGUGCAUCUCUGGUAUAUAUGGCUGCUGGUGGUAGUUGGCGCGCUGCUACUCCUAUGUGGUCUGACUUCAGUAUGCUUCCGCUGCUGCCUGAACCGUCCGGAAAAUGGGGAAGAUGGGGCCCCGCCGCCUUAUGAAGUGACUGUCAUUGCUUUUGACCACGACAGCACUCUCCAGAACACCAUUACAUCUCUUCAGUCUGUGUUUGGCCCCGCAGCACGGAGAAUCCUGGCAGUGGCUCAGGCACACAGCUCCCUGGGCCAGCUGCCCUCCUCUGUGGACACACUCCCAGGCUACGAGGAAGCUCUUGGCAUGAGCCGCUUCACAGUGGCAAGGUGUGGGCAGAAAGCUCCUGAUUUACCCUCUGUCCCAGAGGAAAAGCAGCUGCCUCCCACAGGGAAAGAGUCUCCUGGGACAGAAACCCCAUCACACUGAUGGGAAAGACGGUGUUCCUGAUGUCCAAGGCAUCCUCAGGUCUGGAAAGAUCCCCAGACACAUGAAAUCUUUUGGACCACCCAGAAAGGUUCAGGGUACCAUCUAGACAUUUUUCUAUGAACAAGAUGGGUUUUCACUCUUCAUUCACGACAAUAUGCUUUUUCUGAUACACAG